AACUUCCGCGACACCUGUUGUUAUAUUCAUCCUCUCCUUACUACACGCCAUUGACGACCCAGCCAUGACCGAUAUCUACGCCUCUCUUGGUGUUUCUCCUAAGAAGAAACGCAAGCUUGUCAGCUCUGAUGACGAAUCGACUUUCACACCUAAGAAACUUCGAAAUGCGCCACCUACCCCACCAAAGUCUGCUCAUAAACAUAGUAGCAGACACGCACUACUUUCUCUACCACCUCACCUUACGAGACUCGCCACCAUUCAAACCACUCUCCAACAUGCACUUUCACAUGCGUUAGCGACAUGUGCUGUAUCGCCGUCGGAAACGGGGAUCAUCCGAAACGUGCUUAACCAUAUGUCUAUCUCGACCUACUCCGGUCUUGCUACUAACUUCGAUGUCAAUGACCUCAAACGUUUAUGUUGGAUCUGGGAGUGGGACGGCAGAGCGCUUCCAGAAGCGAAGGGAAACACAAAACCCGUGGAAGAGGACAACCCCUUCUUGGAUUCAAACUCGGCCAGCUCCUCCAGUGACUGGAUUAGAGGAGCAAUGGGCCUCGUGAUCAGUCCAACAAGUCAUUAUUCCAAGGCAGCGGGCAAACGCAUACCUGUCUAUGGAUUAGGAAUCGACGUAGAAAUGGACCUCGACAAAGGAAUGGAAGGUGGUAUGGCAGCUGUCGCCCGGUGGACAGCGGAUACUGAUAAGAGACGUGCUGAAUUCCAGUCAAAGCUCCAGCGCUGGGUCAAAUUGCAUCGUGAUGGUUCUUCUACCCCUGACAUCCCGACGGCUGAUCUACCAGAACUGCCUGUUCAAACCAUUAAGGCAUCCUCUUUAACACGUUCUUUGGCCUCCGCAUCUCCCAAGGGUGCUGAAAUACUUAAGACCAUCGCCCCGUCCAGCCCGACCUCGCCAUCAAAAUCCGCGAGAUCCCCCAUCAAGCGAUCGACGGCAGCUCCUGAAUUCGCCAUUCGCUUCCCUACCAUAGAUAAACGAUUAAAAGAAGCUUCCCCUACUAAAACUAAGACCUCACUUCAUUUCCCUCAGACUCCAUCUUCCCAUCAAAGGCGAUCCAAUCCUUUGGCGGGUCUCCUUACACCCAAGACACCUGCCAGGCAGCGAUUAGAGAGCGACUCCGACUCUUUGCCCUCCACCCCCGUCAGUCAGCGGGGACCUAACGCAGAAACUGCUCCCCCGACACCCAACACGUCGAGGCGACAGGCGCUUUACGAACGCGUCCGUCUCAAGUCAUUGACAACGAGCCCUACCAAAGCAAAAGGCGCUGAUGAUGUUGGCGGUAAGCUGUCCAGGGACCAGAUCCAGAAAAUGAGUCAAGAGGAGAUUCGGCGACGCUGUCUACUCGGUCGGCUGGGCGGCGUCGCCGAGAGUGUAUGGAUGUUAUUCUCGGCCACAGCAGUAUCUACUUCCGCCCCCACAACUCGUAAGAGAAAGGCUCUUCCUACAAGCCAAGUCGCAGCUGCAAUUAUCAAAUCAUCUCCCGUACCUAUGUCUGCCCUGGAAGCCGCAGAAUCUCUCAAGCUGCUCACGACCCUUUGCCCGUUCUUCCUUAGGCAAUUUGAAAUUGGUAAUGAGGAAUGGCUUGAGAUGCCGCCAAGUGGUUCGAACUCGGAGAUUUCUGACUCCAGCGAGGCCAGUGGGCCGCCACCUAAAUCAUCCGACGGUAAAUUGGCUGCGCCUCCGAGCCCGGGAUGGAAAUUGCUCGGGGCUGCGAGUAUCCCGCCACCAAGCCCUGGUUCCAAAGGCAGAAUGGAUAGUGCCGAAGAAGUCCAGACUCGCAGUCCUCGUAGGGUCAGGCGGGAAGCAGGGGGACUCAGGGAAGUCCGAGAGAUUAUUCGCAGAGAAUUGGAGUUCCAGGAUUGAUAUGACAAUGCUGAUCUAACCUGUACUUUUCCCCGUCGAUUUGUCCUGUGAUACCUAGCUUCUGUUGUUCCUUUUAUUAUUACACUGCGUAACCCUUCAAGUCUCCCUAAGAAGUGCCGCCAAGUCUCUGUUCAAAGGCCUGACGGUACUGCAAGACAGUUUGAUUUGAAUGUGAGCCCUUGCUCCUG